UGACUAUAUUUAAAGUUUGUUUUGGUGAUUGAAAUUUUUUUCUUUUUUUUUUGUGUUCGGUUGUUUUACCUAUUUGAAUUUUGCAAUGAAUUUGACGGAAUUGAAUUGGAUCAUUUCAUUGAUCAUAAUCUUGAUAUCCAUUACGAAUGUUCAUGGUCAUAGAGAGAAAAAAAGCUAUGAAGAAGAAUGUGAAAAUGAAGAGGAAAUGGUCGAACUAUGUGCUCGAGAUUUUCUCAUUUAUACAAAUGAAACAAUGGCUGAAACAGAAACUGAAAUGGAUACAUUUUGCAGAAUCUACAAAGACAAAGAAAGAUGUCUUCGUGAUCAUUCGAACAAAUGUCUUUCUCAUUCGGCUAAUCAAGCAAUUAUGGAAUUGAUUCGAACCAUAUCGAACAAGAAUAGAGCAAUUUGUUCAAGUAAACAACGACGAAACGUACAGAUUCGUUCAAAUCGAUGCUUAAAUCAGCAACGAUCACAGAAACCAAAUUAUUGUUAUAAUAAAUUUGUUCAACGAAUUCAUGGCAUUCAUCAAUAUGGACAAGAGGAAAAGAUUCCAAUAAUUUGUUGCAAUUAUCAUGAAUUUUUGACCUGUUUUCGAAAUCAGUUAAAAACAUGCGCUCAUGAUUUGAUUAAUAAUCUGUUAAGAUUAAUACAAAAUUAUUCUGGUGAAACAUUGAACUAUGUUUGUCGUGAAUAUAAGAAUUCAAACAAAUGUCAAAAUAUAGGUUUAAUCAAAGAUGAUGAUGAUAUUAUAAAUGAAACUCGACCACAAACAUUUUUUUCAUUAUUGGUAAAAAUAUAUCUCAGUUAAACAAAGUAAUGGCUUAAAGAUGGUAUGAUUCA